CAAUGGCCAUGCGAUGGCCCACCAUUUUGCCCCAGCUGUUGCGCUUGUCUACCUCUAUAACCCGUGCCCAGUUCAAGAACGGCUGUCGCUUCCAAACGACCCAAGCACUGUCUUUGAAUUACGAAGAGUUCAAAACCCAACCCAAUGAUAGGCCCAUUAUUCUGGCCCAUGGCAUGCUAGGUUCAUCCGCCAAUUGGACGUCCAUUGCCAAAGCCAUCCACCGGAAAACCGGUCGACACGUGGUCACGUUUGAUGCUCGAAAUCACGGUUCGAGUCCUCAUACCCCAGACAUGUCCUAUUAUGACAUGGCGGCUGAUCUCGCACACUUGGUCCAAAACCAGCUCUGUUGGGACAAGGCCACCUUUGUGGGACAUUCCAUGGGCGGGCGAACUGUGAUGCUAAGUGCACUUCAAAACCCGUCUUUGGUGGACCAACUCGUUGUUGUAGAUAUCUCGCCCGUGAAUCAAACCUUUGAUGAAUCUGAUCCCACCGAGUGGAACAUGUCCCACUUCUUUCACGCCAUGUUGGCUGUGGAAUUUCCUCAGGAUGUUCCCAUCUCCCAAGCGAGAAAAGAGGCGGAUAAGCAGCUAGCCAAGCGAAUCAAGGAUUCUAUGCUGAGGGCGUGGCUAUUGAUGAAUGUAAUGCAGGAUGAGGAGACUAAGGAGAUCCGAUGGCGAAUCAACGUCAAUGGCAUUUACGAGGCUUUUAAAGAUCACAUCGCUCGAUUCCCAGAUUGUCAUGGGAAAAAGUUCGAAGGCCCCACGCUGUUCAUAGGGGGCAGUGAAUCGGAUUACAUUUGCGUGUCUGACCAUGAGGAGAUCAAGGAGACUUUUCCCUCGGCACAAUUCAAGUACAUUCCCAAAGCUGGGCAUUGGGUGCAUUCCCAAAAGCCGGCCGAGUUCAUUGAAGUACUACUCAAUUUUACAGAGAACUCAUGAUGCCCGUUGAUGAGCGAUGAACAAUAUAGUGCUGUUAAGUUUUC